GCAUUUAUUAAAAGUCUUCUCUUUACAUUCUUUGUAGUAUUCCCAUUGCUUAUCCUUCUAGUUUCAAAUCAAAGAACCAAAUUUGAGCUUAUUGUUGACUGUUCAUCUUUUCUUCCAUUCCUCCCUUCUCUAUCUUGAGAAAGAACAUCAAGUCAUUAAAGUAAAGGACGCGAUGAUUGGCUUUGAGAUAGAGACUGAGAUGCUGAUGGAGAAACUUGUGACAGGGCCUCGACAAUUAGAUGUGAUCUCAAUUUUCGGAAUGCCAGGACUUGGAAAAACAACUUUGGCUAAGAGAUUGUAUGAUCAUGAAUCUAUUUCCAAUCGUUUUGAUAUUCGCUUGUGGUGUUGUUCUUCCCAAUCUUAUGAUAAGAAAUCUCUCUUGUUUGAAUUAUUGAAUCAUAUUUGUAAGCUUGAUACUAGUACCAAAGAAAAGAGUGAUGAUGAACUAGCUGAGAAGCUCUACAAACAUUUGAAGGGAAAGAGGUACCUUAUUGUUGUCGAUGAUGUGUGGAGUCAAGAGGCAUGGGAUGAUAUAAAGAGACCGUUUCCAGAUGAUGAUAAAGGAAGUAGAAUUAUUUUGACGACCAGACUUGAAUCAAUCGCCACAUAUGCCAUGAUCGAUUCGAGUCCUCAUUUCCUUCGCUUGUUCACAGAAGAAGAAAGUUGGAUGCUACUGAAGGAGAAAGUAUUCAAUGAAGACAAUUAUUGUCCACAAGAACUCGAGGAGACCGGUAAGCAAAUAGCGAGUAAGUGUGGAGGAUUACCCCUUGCAAUUGUAUUGGUGGCGGGUCUUCUUGCAAAAAAUGAUAAGGAAGUAAUUUACUGGCAAGAAGUUGGUGAAAGUUUGAAAUCAAAAAUCCAAGGUUGCAUGGAUAUAGUUGAAUCGAGUUACCAACACUUACCCAUUCAUUUGCAGAAAUGCUUUCUCUAUUUUUCUUCAUUUUUAGAAGACCAGAAAGUUCCUGUUCAAAAACUGAUACGACUAUGGAUGGCAGAAAAUUUUGUUGAAGCUAGUAGUACAUCGAAGAGCUUAGAAAUGAUUGCCAUGGAUUACUUGAUGGAUUUAAUUAGCAGCAACCUUGUAAUGGUGGCCAAAAUAAAUUCCUUAGGGGAAGUUAAAGCCGUCCAUAUUCAUGAUUUAGUACAUGAAUUUAGUUUCGUAAAAGCUAAAAAGGAGAACUUUUUGCUGCGAAUAAAUGGAAUAGGUGCAUUUUGUUCAUCUCGCAGAAGUUGGCUAAGGAGAAUCGGUCUUGGUAUAUUUCCAUCGUCUGAGAGUCGCUUUAAACGCGUGAAUAUUUUACCUUCUCAAGUGCUUCUUGGAGAAAAAUUUAGACUUGGAAAAAAUAUCAACACCCUACGAUUCCUUCCUAGUGUAUAUUCUCCUAUUGUUGAUUAUGAUUUGACUUGGAAACAUCUAGGAGUAUUAGAUUUGGGUUCCGUAAGGCUACGUCAGACACUUGUAGAUGCUUUACAACAUCUGAUUCAUUUGAAGUAUUUGGAGUUACAGUUGUGUUUUCAUAACAUUCCACAUUCAAUAUGCAACCUGAAGAAGCUCGAGACAUUUAUAGUGUUUGGAUACCAUGAUCAACCCUGCAUUCCCGUUACCAUUUGGAGUAUGACAAGCUUGAGACAUCUGCAUAUAACUCCUCUAUAUACCUAUCAGCCGUUACACAAUCUUGACAACUUGCAAACAUGUUCCGAUCUGGUUAUUUUUCCUGGGGUGUAUUACCAAAAUUUUAUGAAAAGAUUUCCCUAUCUUGAAAAGCUCAGUUGUCAAUUAUAUAGUUCACGAAACUCGUCUAGCAAUUUCUUUCCUAGUUUUGACUCUCUUAGUCAACUGAAUUCUCUCAAGAUUGGUGUCUCUGGGGAAUUGGUAGAUCCCUAUGGUUUUGAAGACUUUACAUAUCCGUCAAACCUCAAGAAAUUAACUUUAGCAUGUCUUGAACUCCCCUGGAGUAGAAUCUUAACCAUCAGCACCUUAUCCAACCUUGAAGUUCUGAAACUAGAAGGAAAUGCCUUCAGAGGGAGACAAUGGGACGUUAAGGAUGGGGAGUUUCCUAACCUUAAAGUUUUGAAAUUAAAGGAUCUACGAAUCUCAGAAUGGACUGCCUCUGAUGACUCGUAUCCCAGCCUACAGAAAGUACUUGUGCAAUGGUGUUGGAACCUAGAGGAAAUCCCUGAAAGCUUUGGAAGCAAGUGUACGAUGCAAAUGAUUGAGGUAAGAUCAUGUCGCUACUCUGUUGUAAAUGCUGCCCUCAAAAUUAAGGAAACACAAAUUGAGGAGAUGGGGAAUUCUCAAUUCAAGGUCAUUAUUUGUAAAUGAAAGUCAAUAGUCUUGAUCAGACGAGUCGUUCAGUUAGAUAACCUUGUUUUAUGUUCUGGAAAUUAAAGCAGAUGCUACACAUGGUAUGCAAGGACCUCCUGUUAUUUGGUUGAUCUAGUACUUUUAAUGUGCUAUUAUUCGAUUUUAAUCUUGAUUAAGGUGUGAUCAAUAUUAGAAAAGGUUCAUUUGAAGGGGUUUGGUGCACCCCCUAUAGUUCAUAAGAACUUGAUCUUUUACAGCUUAUAAAUUGCAAUUCUGCAAAAGCUACUUCACCUUUUGCAUGGGUCAAGUCAAUGAUUAAUAACAUCGCCUCUAUAGUUGCUGCAACCGGCUUUUACCCAUCUGAGUGUGAUUUUUCACUUGAAUUGAAAGAUGAAAGGAAAGGAAUAUUGGCCCCUGAAUGAGUGCAACUCCAUACUCUAAUGGUGUUCACUGAUACUCUAAUGUCUAGCUGUGCUGCGACAUGAAUUCCAAGUUCAAAACAGAUGGUGAAAAGGAUAGUAUGUAUUAUUAAGCAAUAUUCCUGAUAUAUCUGCAACUGGAUAACACCCCCAAGUAGAGGCGGACACAGAAUUUGAAGGUCAUGGGUACAUUUUUUGAGUCAACUAAAAUCUACUUUGUAUAUAGGAUGUCCACUACUAAUAUAUCAUUAUUUUCUAAAGACAUAUACAUGUAUACAUGAAAUUUUUUUCCUAACUUUACGGGUACCGAUGAUCCCUCUAUGUAUAGCAUAGGUCCGCCGAGAGGCGGAUCUAGGAGUUUAGUUCUACGGGUUUAGUAUUUAAAGUUAUGGGUUCAUAUCUAUUAUUUAUUGCAAUUUUAGUAAUUUUUUAUACAUAAAUUUAUGCUCUGCGUUGAAAGAACUGGGUUCAGUGGGUUCUAUACUGCAUCCGCCACUGGGUCCGCCUCUGCCCCCAAGAAGUUCUACUGGCCACCUUAAACUCUUUUCUUUAAUGCAAAUGUUUUCAGUGGUUAUUUCUCAUUAUUAGUAGCUGUUACAAUGUUUGAUAAGAAGGGGAAGAAAAAGAAACUGCACCUAUAUUAGUCCGCAAUUCAUAGUUGUUGUACAGGUUGCCAUAUGCUUCAGAACCUUCAUUAUUUGGUAUUUAUCUUGGAUUGAACUGUUACUUUAUAGUACUGAAGU